AGGACGGCGGCCCGCAGGGCCCACACGGAGCGGCACCGGCGCUCCGCAUCCGCUCCCGCCGUCCCCGCCUGCCGCAAGGCCCUGCGCUCCGCCGACCCCCGCCUCUCGUCCCGCCCCUCCACGCCGGGCCCGUUCUGGCCGCCAGCUUGGCCCGGCCCCGCGGAUUAGCGAGGGCGCGGCCUAAGCCUCUUUGCUGUCGCCGCCGCCCCCGGUAUGGCCCGGUAUGGACGCGGGAGACGCUGAGCGGCGCGGCGAAAAGCUGUGCCUGCAGGCGGGCGAUGGCGGCCUGGGCGGCCUCAUCCUGCUGCUGCUGACGGCCCGCCCGGCACCGGGCGAUGGGGCUGCCCGCGGAGAGCCCCCCGAGCCCGGCGGGUCGCGGGGGCCCCUGGCCCGCUCCUUGCAGCGGGCAGAGGCCAUGCUGCGCAGCGUCACCCCGGGGCUGCGCCGCCUGCUGUCCCCACGGUCAAACCGGCGCGGUGACGGCGAUGAAGACGACGAUGAGGACGAGGAUGAAGCUGCAUCCAUCGUGGUCCCGCUGGAGCAAAGCUUCCCAGGGCUACGCCGCUGCCUGUGCGUCUGGGAGGACCCUCGCACCGAGACUUUCCUGGGCUACAUGCGGCCCCACACCGGCGGCACCGGUGACUUUUCUGCGGACACCAUCCGUCGGCGCGUGGCGGAGCGCGGAGCCGCCCUGCACGCGCUGCUGCGGCACCGCCACCAGCUCCGCCUGGCCCGCGACUUCGCUCGACGCCUCGAGGCCUCCUCGCAAUUCCUGCGGCGGCUGUUGGCGCUGCCACGGCCCGGAGAGACCGGGCACACCCAUCCGGCGCUGCGGGAGCUGUGCCAGGAGCUGCGGGCGCACGCGGGGCACUGGGCAGCGCUGCUGCGGCGGCUGCGGACGGAUGCGUGGCUGCGGGCGCUGCCGCAGCGGCGAGGCGAGGCCGUGCAGCACAUGCGGCGGGCGCUGCUGGUGACGGCGCUGAUGGCAGCGUGCCUGACCAGACAGCGCAUCGAGGGACGGCUGCGGGAGCUUGGCUGCUCCAUCCCGACCUCUGAGUGCCUGGAUGACCUCUUCCAGGGGUUGGAGAUCUACAACGGCGUGGUGGAGGAGCUGAGCCCUGAGGUGACAGCCCCUGCUGCCUUCACGGUGGGUGAGGUGCUGCGGCUGCUGGCGGCAGAGCGGGGCCGGGCCGUGGCACAGAGGCUCCGGCCUCUCCUGUGGCACCAGAGUGGCACCAUCAGGGACAAACAGAUCCGCUGGGAGGACGUGGUGGUGCCACAACCAGCGGGGCACGAUGCAGCGGAGGAACCGCCUGCGCUGGCGGCUGAGCUGCAAGCACUGUGCCAGGAGGAUGAGGAGCUGAUGGGACGUGUUUUUGGGGCGCUGGUGGCCUCAGCUGACAGCUUGUGGCAAGCAGUGCUGUCAGAGAGCCCCGAGCUCUGGAAGGCCGUGCGCUGGCUGGAUGCCACCCACGGCCCCGUGGCCGCCACGCUGAGCGCCCGGUACCGCCCGCUGCUCUGGGAGGCGGUGGGCACCGUGCUGGCAGACAGCCCGGCCACCCCUCCUGCCACCCCCAGUGCCACUGUCACCGCGGCGUGGGAGCUGAGCCGUGCGCUGGCUGUUGCCCGUGUGCCCACCGAGUGCCAGGAGGAGCUGGGGGGGCUGUGCCUGCGCCUGCUGUGCCGCAGCGUCCUCUGCAGCUGGGACACGGAUUUCACCCGUGCUCUGGGCUCAGGGCUGUCAGACAAGUGCUUGGAGGCUCCAGGGGGUUCCCCAGGGCCGGGCUGCAGCCGCACAGCCCAGCAGCUCCAGCGCCUCUUCCCCGCCCUGGCACUGGCCCUGCGCUGCCUAUGCCUGCUGCCCGCCCGCCCGCACGCCCCCCCCCCCGGGGGUCUCUGCCCGCGGCUGCAGGUGCUGGGCCGGUGCCUGGCGGCGGUGGCGGCCGCCCACGCGUGGCUGACGGGCCGGGCCGGGCGGUACCUGGCGGCCUGGGCACUGCCUCAGUUCCUGCUGCUCACCCAGGGAGACCUGCAGGUGCUGAAGGCAGAGGUGGAGCAGCUGAUGCUGCAGGUGAGCGGGACCUUCCCUGAGCCGGGGGACAUUCCUGGGGACAUCCCCCCUGAGUCCCCAUCCCCGUGGGAGCUCCAGCUGUGCCGGCAGAUCCACGACGUGGCCAACAGCAUCCAGCUCUUCUCCGGGGAUGUGCUCUGGAUGUUCUCCACCAGCUGCAAGCGGCUCUCGGCCGAGAUCUUCGACCAGACGAUGCCUCUGGGGCGGCACUGGCGGCUCGGGCCUCGUGCCGAGCUGCCCAGCUCCCCCAGCGCCUACGCGGCGGCCGCGGUGCAGGCGGUGCUGGGGCAGGUGCUGCAGGGGGCCCAGGCCCUGCCCCACGAUGCCCAGGUGCCCACCCUGGCACGGGUCACCACGGCCUUCCUGGAGGCCUGGAUGGAUCACAUCCUGACCCGCCGGAUCAAGUUCAGCCUGCAGGGUGCCCUGCAGCUGCGCAGGGACUUCCAGGCCGUGCGGGACCUGGUGUGCUCGGAGCGCUCCGGGCUGCCUCCCGAGGCCCGGCGGGAGCUGCGCGCGCUCCGCGUCUUCCGGCACACGGACACGGCCCUGCGCUGCCUCCUGCAGCAACCGGGGCGGCUGCGGGGAGCCCCCCGGGGCUGGGGCAGCCUGCGGCGCUGCUGCUCAGAUGAAGGCGCCCACCCCCUGGAACAAUCCAUGGAUCCUCUGCCUGGCCUGGACCCUCUGGAGGGGCUGGGCCCAAUCCCGGGGACCCCCCCGCUGGCUCCAGAGGCCGAUCUCCCGUCCCGCCCCGAGUCCCCGUUCCCGGGCAGCCAGCAGCAGUGGCUGUCCCUGCGGCUGCACCGGGCCCGCCGCUGGCGUGUGCCGGGGCUGCCGUGUGUGGGGAACAGCCCCGAGGGCUGACCCGGAAUAAAGCUGCAAACGCCAUG